UUAUUCAACUGGCGGCUAACCGACCAAUCGAAAGGGCACGUUAAUAGUCAAUGUCUAUACAACGACAGUCGAGACGCCUUCGCAGUUGAUUCAUGACGUUCAAACCGUUCAGUCUUCGUCGCGGUAAUAUUCGCAUACCCGAGAUAACUUGUUUUACUAUUUGUUUUUCUAAGGAAUUAUGAUAUUUAUUUUAAGUCUUCCUUAACUUUGACAUUUACGUUAUUUGAAUACAUUAUUUGAAGUUUAUUAUAUAUGAACAAAUUAAUAUUUAAUACCUCGUAAUCGGCAAUAAAUAUAUGAUUACAAAAUAAUAUAUUUAUCAUAGAAGUUAAUAUCAAUUGAUAAUAAUUAUUGAAUAUUAUACGCAACACACGCUAUAUAAAUGUAUUCAGUGCUCUAGAAAUAUUUUUAUUUCAUCAACCUUGUCCUUAAUGUUGAUUAAAAAUCACCAUCGAAAGGAAAAGUUCCAUCCUUCAACGACAAUUACGCACAAGCUGCAAUAAGACCGUUCCUGUUGACAUGGCGAUGAGAUGAGAUCCAAUGACUGGUGGCCGUUACUGUGGAUAUGCAUACUCCUCUGUUUCCAUGCUCAUUCCGUCGGUGGUCAAUCACCGACACCAACUAUAAUCACAACGUGUCCGCCACAAGUUACUGAUCAGUCGUGUUCUUGUUACGACUUUGAGGACGGAAUUUUUCUCGAAUGUCCCGGAGCCACUGGAACGGGUGUGCGCAAUGCACUUUCCUCUGUAGCCGGCGGUUUGAUUCAGUCACUGAGCAUCUACGACUUGGAAUCCACCGUAUCUAUAUUGUCAGCAGACUUAUUUCCUCCAAACACCAAACUCCGACAACUUCAAAUAUCCCACUCUAACCUGUCGGUAAUCGCAGAAGAUGGGUUGAAUAACAUUAAAAGUUUAGAGUCUUUUGCAAUGCUAUCGGGUAAACUACGGGAAAUACCUCAAAAAACUUUCACCAGUUUGACGUUAUUGAAGACAAUCGAUAUCGAGUCCAACGAUAUCGCCGAACUAGGCAGUUAUGCUUUCUCUGGUUUGCAAUUAAUCAAAAUCAACCUCAAGGGUAACUCAAUACUUAAGAUAUCAGAGUACUCAUUUGCUGGACUAGAAACUAGUCUCACUGAACUUGAUCUGUCUGAUAAUAAAAUAAAAACGUUUCCAACGUCCGCUGUCAGACGGCUAGAGCGUCUCAUGUCCUUAAGAAUCGCAUGGAACGAAAUAGCGUCGAUUCACGACGACCGUUAUUCCUAUAUGAAAAGUCUUGUACAGCUAGACCUGAGUUCCAAUAAUUUCGAAUCAGUUCCUGAAGAUGCAUUCCGUUUAUUUCCUAAGCUCAAGAUGCUGUCUCUUUACUACAAUUCAGUUGAAAGCAUACACAAACGAGGUUUUAGCACACUGAUUGAACUUGAAACUAUCGACAUUAGUCGCAACAAAAUAGUUUUUAUGGAUUUUAGCACAUUUAAGUACAACAUUCACUUACGGACAAUAGACUUAAGCCAUAAUCAUAUUCAUUAUAUUAGUGGUUUGUUUGCUAAUCUUCCCGAGCUCAGAGAACUAUUCCUUUCUGAAAACAAUAUACUAGAAAUCUCGGGUGACUCAUUUUCUAAUUCUCCAAAGUUAUCGGUAAUAUACAUUCAACAAAACGCUAUCAGAAUAAUCGAACCUGGUGCUUUUACAAGUUCACCCGAACUAAUGCAACUGUAUUUGAGUGAUAAUUAUAUAGAAACCAUAGAUGCCAAUGUAUUUUUUUAUUGUAACAAACUUACGUCAUUGAGUUUGGAUAACAAUCGCAUUGUUAAAAUUGAAAACGGUGCAUUCCGAAACAAUUAUCGACUCAAAGAACUCAGACUGCAAAACAACAAACUAUCAAAAAUAUUACGAACGCAGUUCGAGACGUUACCUGAAUUGUUGGAAUUACAUUUACAAAACAACGCAAUAGUGGAAAUUGAAUCGGGUGCAUUCAAAACCCUCAAAAGUCUACAACAUAUUAAUCUCCAAAGUAACGUUCUCACUCAUUUAGGUGACGUAUUCCUACAUAACGCGCCAUCAUUAGUGUCAAUACAAAUCGAUUCUAAUGUGUUAGCGAGUUUAAACAACAAGUCACUUCAUGGUCAAUCAAAUCUAAAAGUAAUGUGGCUUAGUCACAACAAACUGACUAAAUUAGAUAAAUCCCUAUUUGCUGACUUAAAUCAAGUACAAAGGAUUUACUUAAACAAUAAUUCCAUCGAGAAUAUUGAACUUGGAACAUUUGAAUCUAUGCAAGCUCUGGUAUUUCUGGAUCUUAGUUUUAAUCAGUUACAAGAAAUUACCUCUAAAACAUUCGCUGAACUCAGGGGACUGAAUGAACUGCACCUCACAGAUAAUCGUAUUUCUCGGAUAGACGCAAAUUCAUUUGCGGCGCUGAAAAAAUUAACGGUUCUUAACCUGUCCAACAAUCCACUCACGAAACUGCAUAGGUAUAUGUUUCAAAAAGAUUUGCCCAUACAAAAUUUAUAUCUCAACAAUUGCUCAUUAAGAACCAUUGAUAACGGAACAUUUUCCAAUUUGAACGUUCUUAACGAACUUUACAUGAAACAUAACUACUUAUUUGCCGAUGCGUUAAUCCAAGUGGACGUGCCUACGUUGACUAUAUUGGAUAUAUCUUACAAUAAUUUAGAUGGCCUUAAUUCAACUGUCUUAAAAUACCUACCAAACGUAAAGCGCGUGUAUUUAGACAGUUGUAACAUAGGUCAAAUUUCUGCCACGACAUUCAAAUUUAAUCUCGAAGUCUCUAUGAUGUCUUUGUCGAAUAACAAGCUGACAGCUCUACCUGCAGAUUUGUUCAAAGGACAGACCAGUUUAAACAUACUGAUUUUGGAUGGAAACGAUUUCAACGCCAUGCCUUAUGCCACAUUGGCGAACUGUGAGAGUCUGCAAAAACUAUCUGUCGCCAGAAAUAUGUUAACCGAAUUGGAUAUGUCCAAAUUAACUAGUAUGAAAAACCUUCAAAGCCUCUCAGUUUCUGAAAACCGAGUUCAAAUACUUGCUGGGUUUCCACCUUCAUACUUCACACUUUUGACCGAUUUGAACUUGUCAAACAACAUACUAUCGUCAUUGCCACUAAAUUUUUUUCAAUCACUAGAACAUCUAGACAUGUCCAAUAAUCAUUUCAGAAAAGUUCCCCAGCUUACCAAAAAUCUCCAGUUCUUAAACCUCACUCACAACCCGCUGGGGCAAAUACACGAAACAACAAAGCCCAUGACGAUCGAACACACUGACUUAGAAGAACUCCACGUAUGUGGAACGAAUUUAUCGGUGCUAGCAAGUAACGAUUUCUUGUCGUUCAACAAUCUUCAUCGUUUGUACAUGUCUGAUAAUAAAAUAUCAAAAAUAUCUCCCGGUACAUUCAGCGUUCUUGAAGAACUACACACGCUUGACUUGAGUAAUAAUCUUAUGGAAUUUCUGCCCCAAGAAAGAUUACAGGGACUAUCACGUCUGCGGUUGUUGAAUUUGUCACGUAAUUCAUUAAAAGAAAUCGAAGAUCUUUCUUCAGACUUGAUAUCACUGCAAGUACUAGAUAUUUCAUACAACCAACUGGAAAAAAUCAGCAAAGGUUUGUUCCGUAACUUGGAAAGUUUGGCUGAACUACAUUUAUACGGAAAUUGGCUAUCAUUUAUAUCUCCGGACGCAUUUCGAUCGUUAAAAAAACUUAAUAUGUUAGAUUUGGGUAAAAAUAAUUUCAAGAACUUGCCAAUAAAUGCUCUUAGGCCGUUGGAAACACAAAUAAAAAGUUUGCGUACAGAAGAAAAUCCAAUAAACUGUGAUUGCGACCAACAAGAGCUAUGGGAAUGGAUAAGAGACCACCAAAAGUUAACAUCCGAUCUAAGCACGAAAGGCUUGAUUUGUCAUCACCCUCCCGAACUCAAAGGUCAGAAAUUUAUGGAACUUGAGCCUCCUACGUUUUGUGCCAUGCCCGUCGUACUUAAACUCGCCAUUCAAGACAUUCAGCCAUAUUCAAUCUUUGUGUCAUGGAAAGGGCGAAAUCACACGGGCCUACACGGUUACAGAGUUGCGUAUUAUCCAAUCGAAGAUCCGGAUUAUCCAGCAGCAGCCAUUUCGUCGGUUGCAGUAAUGCCCAAUAUCAUGAACAAAUUUCUCGAUAAGAACACUCAAACUACUCUGCUGGACAACCUUAAGCCAGAGACCCGGUACUUAGUAUGUGUGUUGGGUCUAGGUAAUUGGAUACCCAUGAACAGUUCCCGCCAUCUGCAGGACGAUUCUCAGAGUAGCCGUUGUACCGAAGUAAAAACAUUAGAAGGCGACAUAGCAUAUUAUUCCGAUGAACAUCACAAGAGCUCAAUACUGACGAGGCGGUUAGGUCUGAUCAUUGGCAGCUGUUUGGGCUGUGUCGUGUUUAUAGUGUUAGUAUCCGUUCUUGGGUAUCUGAAAAUCAAAAAACAAAGAGAAGACACAAAAAGGGAACAGCCACUUCCUCCCGAGUAUUUGUCUUACAGGCAUUUUUCUUUGCAUACCACCGACCCAAUUGUUGCCGCUCCUGCAUUAAGUCAAAUUGGCCCGAUUACUACUGUACAUUAAAAGACAUUUUGUUUUGUUAAUAAUAUUAUUUACCUAUUAUUAUUAUUAUUAUUGUUAUUAUUAAGUGAUAAUAUUAUAUCAUGUUGGAUCCCAUAGUUAAUUGUUAACAAAAACAUACCUAUAACAUGAUAUACCUUAAUAAGAUUAACAAAAUAAUUAAUUACAAUGUUUAAUCGUUAAGUGUUUGUAAAUAUAAUCAUUUUUUUUUUCCAAACAGAUUCAAAUAAUACAGCACAAUAAUUAUUGGAACUGUAAUUUUUUGUAGAUGAGGUAAAAUUGUUCCAAUCCUUACAUAGGCCCUGUUAUUACGAAAUACCAAUAGAUCGUAUGAAUAGUUACAUAAGUUUCAAAUUAGUAAUGGUAUACGAAAUUUAAAAUACAUGCGUAUACGUGAUUUAUAGAUAUGUACUUUACAUGUUUAUGUGAUAAAAGUUCAAUACCACAAGCGAGCUAUUGUUAGGAGUGAAUGGCUCGACCGAUUUUGUUUUCUUUUUACGUAAAAAAUAUUGUUUUUAUUUUAUUUACAUACGUUUUUACACAAAAUUCGUCGAAGUUGUUUAUAUAGGUAUCGAAAUUGUAUUCGUACUCCCGUAUGUGUACUGAAUAUAUUGUUAUAAACCAUUUUCAAUUUCAGAAUAGAAACUCGUGUUCGAAAAUGUUUGUAUUUGCGAUAAAUCUAUUAUACUACGGCAGUCGACUGUUGUUUAUUAAUUAAAACCGUUUUCGAGAUCAGUGGGAGUGGAGGCGAUACAGCGCACAUAUUACUAUUAUAUAACCAGAGAUAAGAAACUUUUACAUCCCGUAGCCUCCUAGCUACCCAUUCACCCUUCCAAGCGCCACGUGCCCAAACUUUAACAAAACAUUGCGAUCGCUAAUCCAUCGCUUGAUUUACGCCAAAAAUAUAUGCCCGACAUAAUCAUUGAUUUGUGGCAUGUGGUCUGAUCACUGCGACCGUAUCGUUUUGAACGUAACAUCAAUCAUCGGGUGGUUAUAUCCAACAAUUAGCUGCCGAUUUGUUUUUCUUCACGUCCGACUGUGUAAAAUUAAUCGACCAUCGAUUGAUCUGCUGAAAUCCAAAUUGCAAUAAAAUCAACUAUAUUUUUCGCAAAUAAAUAGGACACUAAAAUUUGUAACUAUAUUAUUGAAUGUAUUACAAUGGUAUUUAUAAACUAUAAUAAAAGGUUUUAACAUUUUUUUAAUUUUAGAUUGUUAGAUUAAUUUUGGCUACCGGCAAACCAAAAAUUUGGUACAAACCCAAAAUUAUUAACGACAAAACAACAAUAAACCAAAAUAAAAAAUGAUAUUACCCUUUAAAAUCCUUUAAAAUUGUGUUGUCGUGUGCUCAAAACUCAUGGUAUUUUGAAAAUCAUAUUUUUUUUAAAAAGUAUAUAAUAUAAUAUUAUUAUACAAUUAUUAAACACCAAUGUCCGUCGCAAAUUGCCCAUGCUUAUAAAUCACUGCAAUCAACAUUUAACGUAGUCGGAUCUCAUCGUUAAAUUGAAUUAGAGAAACGUAUAAGUCCUACGUGCGUCAUUUUCAAUUUAAUUUUCUGAUUUUUUUUUUUAUUUUGUGAGAAAAAACGUACGGUAGCAUUUCAAAACGAUAUUUAUUGUUUUGUUUUAGCACUACUUUAAUAAAAAAAAAAGGUAACUCUAAAUUGCUGCGUUUCGUUAGCGAUAUAAUUUUUGAAAAUAACAAGAAAACGUGUUUAUAAUUUUUUAUUCUUGUGCCGCGUGCCAAGACCAUUCCAAAUAUCAAUAUAUCACGUCAUAACAAUCGAGUUUACGGAAAAGGUAAAAUCCUCCGAAAUUAACCCCGUUGUUGUACAAAAUACUUAUUAGUAUCGUAUUAUGGCGCGCAAAGUCGUUUGUUGUCCCGAAAACCGUUUAAACGACUUAAUUGCAUCACUGCCCGAUUUACGAAAGCCGUCGGCGUUUCACCUACCGAGCGACGUUUUAUUGUUUUGUUUGGUUUACAUUUAGUCGUCCGGUCGCGAAUGAGACGCUUUGUGUGUAUAUUUUGAGAAAAUUAGCUUACAAAUGAGUAAAACUAUAUAAUAUUGUAGGUGUCUAUAGAAACCGCGUUUAUACCUCCGUCGUAUGUAAUAACGUGUUAAUAGUUAUACCGUGUUGUUAAUGAUAAUUAUUAUUAAUUAUAAUGAUGGUGUAUAAUAAGGCUACGCAACACUAUAAUAUUGUACACCGAUUAAUAUUAUAAUAUUUAUAUUAUAAAUACCGAAAAUCGAUUAAAUCAAAAUCGUGAAAUUUGUACGUUUUGUUUGUUAAUUAAAAUAUUAUUGUGUUAUGUAUUGUAUACGGAUAAACUACUAGGUUAAACGCAUAUAACCUAUACCUAUACCUGUUUACAAUAAUAUAUUAAUAAUAUGUUACACAUACUUACCUAUUAUUGUUUUCAGUUUUUAUUUUAUUUAUUUAUUCUUUGUUUUUUGCAAACGUGAUUUAUAAUAAUAUGUGUAUUGAGAAUAAAUGUUUUUUUUUUUUAA